CCAAAAUCGUGUGUGGCUAUAUAAAGUGCGUGUAAAGCGCGUUUGAACUUCAAAAAGUAUUAACAAAACAAAGGACGCGCAAUGCCGAUGGCCAAAAUGGAUAGUUUCCUAAAGUACGCCAACUUCUUCUACACGGCAGUUGGAAUUGAACCUUAUACAAGAGUUUCACGCAAAAGUGCGCCUAGCAUAUGGAUUAGUUUUGUGUUUUGGUCCAACAUUAUAAAUCUAAGUUUGGUUCUUCUGGGUGAGACUGUCUAUGUGCUGAUUUCCUUUGCCACUGGCGAACACAUCGUGGAGGCCAUCAUGGUGAUGUCCUACAUUGGCUUCGUGCUCGUCGGGAUGAACAAAAUGGCAUUUGUCUGGUGGAAGAAAGAAUCGCUGAGUGGCAUCAUGCAUCAACUGGAGGAACUCUUUCCACGUACGAAGGAGACUCAGUCAGAGUAUCAAUUGGAUAGAUAUCUGGAGAGUUGCUCUCGCCUGAGUUUGACCUUCUCGCUGCUCUACUCUGUGCUCAUCUGGACCUACAAUCUGUUCAACAUUGCGCAAUACUUGGUCUACGAAUUGUGGCUUAAGACACGCAUCGUCGGACUCACUCUUCCCUAUAUGAUGUAUAUCCCUUGGCACUGGGAAGGAAAUUGGUCCUAUUAUCUGCUGCUGUUCUCGCAGAACUUUGCUGGCUAUACUUCGGCAGCGGGACAAGUUUCAACGGAUCUCUUGCUCUGUGCUGUGGCCACUUUGAUCAUCAUGCACUACGAUUAUCUGGGCAGGAUUAUAGAGUUUAAGCAGCUCACUGGAGAUUGGUCGCAGGAUUCGCGUUUCUUGGCACAAGUUGUACAAUAUCAUGAGCGUCUUUUGAGCUUGUCAGCGGAACUAAAUGAAAUCUUUGGUGUGCCGCUCUUGCUCAACUUUCUCAUCUCGUCGUUUGUCAUCUGCUUUGUGGGCUUUCAAAUGACAAUCGGAGUGCCGCCCGAUCUAAUGAUCAAAUUGCUCUUGUUCUUGGUCUCCUCGCUGUGUCAAGUGUAUUUGAUUUGCCAUCACGGACAACUGAUUGCCGAUGCAAGUUCUGGCAUUGCUUUGGCUGCCUAUAAACAAGAUUGGAGCUUCGCUGAUGUCAGAUAUCGCAAGACUUUGGUCUUUAUCAUUGCUCGCUCCCAAAAACCAGCUUUUCUCAAAGCAACUGUUUUCAUGGAUUACCAGGGGCACAAUGACUGA